UGAAUUGAUGAAGAGAGCUUGAAAAUUCAUCUUCAUUAAAUUCAGCUUGGGGGUUGCUAAUGGCAGUGCCCCUGGAAUUAGAUUUUUGUUCAAUUACCAAAUACAGAAACUGAAAGGAAAAAAAGGUGGAGGAAAUAGAAUCCCCAUUCUUGAAACAUAUGUACAAGACCAAAUGACCAAUACAUGUUGCACAUGAUUUAUGGAAGCAUUAAUUUAAAUCAACUUGAAGCUUGAUUGACAUGUAAAAUAGUGCGAGGACGGCACCUUUGAGGGAGUGGAGCAUAUCUUGCAAGAUUGGAGCCAACCCUCAUGGCUACAACCACCAGAACAACUACACUGCUGCUUUUUUUCCCACAAACCCAACUUGCAAUGGAGAUCCAUGCAAUUGCAUAACCAAUCUUAUAUCCUGCAUCCAAAUUCUUAUCCAGUAGAGCCAUUAGGCUACUGAAGGUGAGAGAAAAACAAGACCCAAAGGUCUGCAGGUUUUCUUCUUCUACCUCAUCAUCAGUUUUCAUCAUAAAAGGAAGAAUGCUCCUCAUUCACAUUAUAUCGUUCUCGAAAUCUCUCUUCUUGCAUUUUUCAUUUGACUUCAGCCCACCUGUCUGUCCUAACCCCAUCUUCAAACUCAGGACUAUAGUUCCAUUUUCCUUGAUAUGACCUCCCAACAUCUUCUUGAAAUGUAAGUGCACGAUCAUACUUAAUCCUUGUUUCAGAAGGGAAAAUACUCAAGAAUGUCUGUCAUUGAUUUCCAAAAACAUAAACCAAAAGGAAAAGGAAGUGUGAAAAUAGAGAGGAGGGAAGCUAAAGGAUCAGAUUUCGGAAGUUCAUAAAAGGCGAAUCAUAACUGUAUAGGAAUUUCCCAUCGAUAAUAACAGCCCAAGCAGAAGCAUAAUUUCAUGACAAGAAGUUAAAAGUAACCUUUUGGUCAUACUUAGGAACUCAAAAGGAAGACUUAGGAUUAGCGUUCCACAGCUCUCCUUCCCUACUAACAAGUUCAUUUUCAGUAUUGUUGUCCCAAAGUUGAAUCCUGGGAACGCAGCUCUGAAUGCUAUCGUACCCUUUAGCAAUUUGGCAUAGAGUAGCCGCAUUCAUGCUUGAAAAUCCCACACUGUCGUGCUUCUCAUCCCAAAAUUUCUACUAUAGUAAGUAACAGAGUCCCAGUUAUUCAUUGUUUUGAAUGCUAUUAUACCCAUCCCAUGAAAGAAUUGCAAAGCACCAAUGUCACCCUGCAUCUACCCCAACACUACAAAGAUUUGCCAGUUUAAAGUAAAGGUCUUUCAAAUUUACAGUAACACUAAACAUCAGCAAUUAGUGAAUCAUGUGGAAACAAGGAUUUAGGGAAUUCUCACUUCAUAAGCAUGAGGAUGCUCCUGAACACCUCACCGGCUCGUAAGUCCUUGUUAACAUCAGGAUGAUACUGACAUCAAAACAUGAAAAUACAUUAAGCAUACCAAAAUUAACUUCAUAGACACUUCUUAUCAAGGAAAAUGAUAAAAAAACAAAAAAGUCUUGAAACACAAACUGAGCUUCUGUAACAUUGUCAACUAAUUGGUAAAGAGAUCAAUAUGCUCUAACUCUAUCCAAAGAUUCAGAACAUAAUCCCUCUUCUUUAGAUUAAGAUACGCUUCGUGUCGAUUUAUUUAUGCAACCAAAGGUUACUCAACCAUGGUAACCAUCAUAAGCUCAAUACAAUUCAUACAACUUCUUUAUUUUCGGUACAAAAAAGUUUAGCUGAGGGAGGUUAUCUCAUUGCAAGGUCAGGGUAUAUCGCACACUUUAAAGAGAAUUUAUAUUGGAUUUAUAGAUCACUCAUCAAUAGCAAUGAAAAUCUAAUCCGAGCAUUAUAAGCAAAGUAUUUGAUUUUAUUAACUCAACCAACUCAGUUCGCAUAAUUCAUACAACUUCACAACUAGAAAAAGCAUAUGAAUAUAACAAAUUCAACCUCAUACAAAUUUGAUUUUUAAUUUGUUCAAAGUCUUUGAAAUAUUUAAGGGUCAUGGCUAGUUUUAUUUAAAUAACAAAAGAAAUAAACAAGCUUUUAUCAAUUUGAAACGUAUUUUGGAGGUGCCAAAUACAGACUAGAAAAAUGAAUGAAAUAAAAUAAAAAAAAGAAAAAGAAAAUCAGCUGUUGUGUAUCAUUUAGCAGCUUGAUUUUCAAAAAAAUUAGAAAAUUUUGGAUUUUGGGCUUCUGUAACUACUGUAUACAAGGGGCACUUUAAACCUCUCGUACUAUUUUCAAGUGGCUUACUGUUGUUCAAUUUGUGGUUAUCGGAUUGCUGUUACCAAUUCUGUGUUUACUUAUGUUGAUAGAGACUCAAAGACUGCAGAACUUAAGAUGUCAACUGUGGGAAAUUCAACGAAUAUAUUUUGGCAAGAAUAACCAGUUGGGAAGCUUGAAAGGCAGAGGCUCAUUAACCAAAGACUUGUUUUUUAUGGAUCACAGGUCUCAGUGUAUCAGGUUUAUAGUCAAAUGGAUUUUCCUAUGCGCUUCUAAGUUUUCUUCUGAAUUAUAACUAUCCUUCCUGGAAAAUUAAAACGUUUUGCAGCAGUGAUUGCCUCCUCAUGACUUUAAAUUUGAAAAAUUCUUCUCUGAUAGGAUUAUCCAUGGACUAGAACUUGCUGUCAAGGAAACUGCAUUCUUACUGUUUGCUAUUUGCAAAUUUCACAACUGGAAAGACUAUACACACACACACAUGCACUCAAAUUUUUAUUUAUUUAUUUAUUUAAAUGCUGCUCAAACAAUCAAAGUGGGCUGUACUGUUACAAUAUGUUUUUUUUUUCUUGAGCUUUUUGUUUGAAUGUUCAGGUAAAAGCACACUUGCAUGUUCACUAAGUAGGGAACUGUAUACAAGGGGAAGGUUAUCCUACAUACCUGAUGGAGACAAUCUUCAGCAUGGGUUAAGCAAGGAUCUCCAUUUCAAGGCAGAAGAUCGAACAGAAAAUAUACGCUGGGUUGGUGAAGUGGCCAGUCUAAUAUCUCCAAAUAAGAAAGACCAAGAUGCAUGCCAUACAAUGUUGCUGGAUUCUAAUUUUAUAGAGGCAAGGCUCCUUUUGGAUGGUUCUCAUCUUGAUUCCUUUUAUCAUUUUUUCUUAGUUGAAAUGCUUUUUUCUUUACAUCUACAGGUUUUCAUGAACAUGCCACUAGAAUUGUGUGAAGAAAGGGAUUCAAAAGGUCCUUACAAGCUUUCACGUGCCGGAAAGAUCAAAGGUGAGCUCCGUUUCCUGCGUACAUUCAUUGACAGAAGUUGCCUAAUCAUCCCUUUUUCCUCACCCUGUUCUUUUACUAACAACAUAUACCUAUUGAGACAUGAAACUUCAUUCUUGCUGCAUGCUAUUUGCACCAUCUGUGCCUCAGUUUGAAGUUAAAAUUAAAAGAAUAAUUAAACAAUUUUAGUAUAUAU